CAUCACCGCUGCGGCCGUGCGUGGAGGCGUGAGGCCGAUCAAAUCGGCGGCGAAUCCCCAACCCUAGCAGCAGUGGGCGGCCGGACCGGGACGGGCGGUAGACGGCUCCAGCACGCAACGCUGACAGGUUUGGCCGUGCGAGGCGCGAGGGCUAGACAGGUGUCGCGGCGCCAGGCAUCCAGUUCCAGGGCUGCGUGGGCUCGACCAGAGCGAGUCUGCAAUCCGCCCGUCCUUGUCCCCGUCGGCGGCCGUUCACCAGUGUCAGGUGCGGAGGUGACAACAUUUCUGAAAGAAUUAUAUGGUGAGUCAUGUCAAAGGCACGUAAUGCUGUAGUUGCCACUGGAUUGCUGCUCUUCGCUGGUGCUGGCUUAUCAUUUCCGUUCCUUUUCGUGAAAUCAAAGAACAAGCCUAUUAUUGAUUCGACAAAACCUCUGCCACCACAGGCUACUUUUCGAGGACCAUACGUGAAUACGGGUUCACGUGAUAUCGGACCUGAUCCUACCAACUAUCCCAAGAAGUGAUUUGAAUCUUCCAUGACAUUUCGGAGUCCCAUUUCACUCGACUCCACUGCUGUGAAAUUGUUCGUUUUGGGGCCAUCUUACUGUGCACGUGCCUUGAUAUUGCAAAAAAAUAAAAUAAAUAACAAUACCUAAAUAAAGGGUGGUUAUUGAAGCUCCUCCAUUCUCCUUGCUCCCAAACAAAUUCCCCUUGCUUCCAAAUAAAUCCUAGUGUAAAGUUUCCCAAUAUUGUAUGGGAAUAUCUAUUUUUUACAGAUCCAUAUAUGAUUAGUUGAAUUUCAUA